AUGAUAGGAUUGUCAUCGUUAACGUCAAUAACAUCACAUCACAUCACCAGUGAAUCCCAGGAUGCCUUGGAGUCAGAGAACCAGAGGCUGCACGAAUGCUGCAUGACCUUGGAGGCGGAGCUCCUGGAAAAGGAGGAAGGGCUGUGUCAGAAGGGGGAGGAGCUGCAGCGGUUGGAGGCUGUGUCGGCUCGGAACAUGGAGGAGCUGAGGGGUGUGGCCUCACACUGGAGCGAGAAGUGGCAGGAUGUGGCUAUGGCGUUACAAUCCACCCAGGCAGAACUAGAGGAACUCAGAGAGAAGAACCCUGGAGAUACACUUCAAGAGGAGGUGGUGGGACGCCUGAAGGUGGAGGUUGAGAGACUUCAGACACAGGGACAGAGAGACAAGGAAGAGAUUCAGCCUCUUCAUCAACACUGGGCCAGUAAAGAGGCAGAGCUGAGCAGAGUCAUUAAAGAUGCCGGUUCUCUGCUGAAGGUAGAGCUGAACGCUUGUAAACAACAGUUGGAGCUGGAGAGGAGCCGGACUCAGGCUCUACACAACAGACUCAAAGUUAAAGACAACCCUCAUAUCUUGGGUAGGGGAACGGUAGAAAUGUUUGAUAAAGGGACGGAGACAGAUAUACCACCACAGACAUGGGAUGAACAGGUCUCGCUGGAGGAGCUGGGCCAGGUGAGGGCAGAGCUACAGAUGGUCUCCCUGGAGGAGGUAGAUGGGGCACAGGUGUCACAGCUAAAUAGUGAACUUCAGAGGCUGGAGCUGGAGGUGGCAGAGAGAGAACAGCACCUGAGGGAGAAGGAACAUGCUCUGAGGAGUCUGGAGAGACUGAGAGAUGCCGAGAGGACAGAGGCGCAAAUCAAGGUUUCUACACUGGAGUUGAAGUUGAUUAACCUAAAGGAGCAGGCCGGUGGAGAAGGUCUAUGUCAUGGAGGCCAAGAACAAGCUCAGCACACUGACUCACUGAGGUCUCAGCUAGAGGAGAGCAGGAGGAGAGCCAAUCAGCUGCAACAGGAGAGAGACCAGGCAGUUCAAAGGCUACAGACUCUACGCCGGCUACAUCAGGCUACGGAACAGGAAGUAGCUGCUGGCGGCAAGAAAGAGAGAACGGUUUGUGUGGAUAACAUAGUGAACCAGGAUAAACAGAGAAGACUGGUAACAGAACAGCUGAAGAGUCUAUUUAAGGAGCGUGAGCAGUUGGGUCAGGUCUAUGGUAGAUCAGCAGGAGGAGGAGGAGUUCUGCAAGACUGGGCACCGAAGUCGAAGGUCAUCAAGGUAAGCUCAGAUGUACAAAAUAUUGAUGUUUUGUUCCCCGGGCCACUUAGUUAUAAUUUUUGCCUUAUGGCAAGGUGCUCCAUCAUGCUGAGAAAGGCAUUGUUCGUCACCAAACUGUUCCUGCGUGGUUGGGAGAAGUUGCUCUCGGAGGAUGUGUUGGUACCAUUCUUUAUUCAUGGCUGUGUUCUUAGGCAAAAAUGUGAGUGAGCCCACUCCCUUGGCUGAGAAGCAGCCCCACACAUGAAUGGUCUCAGGAUGCUUUACUGUUGGCAUGACACAGGACUGAUGGUAGCGCUCACCUUGUCUUCUCCGGACAAGCUUUCCGGAUGCCCCAAACAAUCGGGUAGGGGAUUCAUCAGAGAAAAUGACUUUACCCCAGUCCUCAGCAGGCCAAUCCCUUCUCUCAACCAGCUUCACCUGGAAUGGUUUUCCAACAGUAUUGAAGGAGAUCCCACCUGGGGUGGCAGGUAGACUAGUGGUUAGAGCGUUGGACUAGUAACAGAAAGGUUUCAAAAUCAAAUCCCCGAGCUGACAAGGUAAAAAUCUGUCGUUCUGCCCCUGAACAAGGCAGUUAACCCACUGUUCCUAUGCUGAAAACUUGUUGGCUGCUUCACUCUGCGGUCCGACUCAUCCGAAACCAUCUCAAUUUGUUUGAGGUCGGGGGAUUGUGGAGGGCAGGUCAUCUGAUGCAGCACUCCAUCAGUCUCCUUCUUGGUAAAAUAGCCCUGACGCAGCCUGGAGGUGUGUUGGGUCAUUUUCUUUUUUACCCCUUUUUUCUCCCCAAUUUCGUGGUAUCCAAUUGGUCUUUUCUCAUCGCUGCAACUCCCGUACGGACUCGUGAGAGGCGAAGAUUGAGAGCCAUGCGUCCUCCGAAACACAACCCAACCAAGAGCCAUGCGUCCUCCGAAACACAACCCAACCAAGAGCCAUGCGUCCUCCGAAACACAACCCAACCAAGAGCCAUGCGUCCUCCGAAACACAACCCAACCAAGAGCCAUGCGUCCUCCGAAACACAACCCAACCAAGAGCCAUGCAUCCUCCGAAACACAACCCAACCAAGAGCCAUGCGUCCUCCGAAACACAACCCAACCAAGAGCCAUGCGUCCUCCGAAACACAACCCAACCAAGAGCCAUGCGUCCUCCGAAACACAACCCAACCAAGAGCCAUGCGUCCUCCGA